CACCCGGUCUCCUGUCUCCACUCCCGGACCGCCCCGUCGUCCCCGAGACACAAGGACCUCUUCGGCAUAGUCGCAACGUAGCACAGAAUUGAAAUCUAUAUCAAUAGAGUCUCAUCCUCAUGUCGUAGCAAAGACCUAAGAUCUCAUUGAGAGACAUAGACCAGCUACCCUUAACUGUAACAUCAUAUCACAGCUCAAACCAUUCAGGGACUUGCUAAAAGGGGUCGCAUACUCACAACAUCUCAUAUACCUUCACCUACCCCCUAUCCCAAACCCCAAAAUGGCAGAAACCAAAUACUCAACGCGCACGAUCCCCAAGAUCUCCCUGCACGACUUCCCGACCCGCAUCCCCGAAAUAACCGCCUCCCUAAUCCACGCCGCCGAAACCGACGGCUUCUUCGCACUCACCAACCACGGAAUCCCAACCUCAGAAAUCGAAGCCCAAUUCGCCGCAGCAGAGCGUUUCUUCGCACUCCCAGACACCACGAAAGCCCUCGUCCCCUUCACCCACCUCAACACGGGGUGGGAAAAAGGCGCGCAAAUCCGCCCGUCCACCGGCGUCGCCGACCAGAAAGAGAGCUACCAAAUGCAAUACGGGGCCGCGAUGUCGCAGUCCUGGCUUCCCGAGCCCCUCCUCCCGGGUUUUAAAGCGCAGAGUCUGGGCUUCAUGCACCGCGCGCAGGAGGUAAGCGAGAAGCUGAUGCUGUGUUUUGCGCGGGGAUUGGGGUUCGACGACGGGUAUUUCGUCGCGGCGCACGAUGUGGCGCGGCCGAGCGCGCAGACGGUGUUGCGGAUCCUGCAUUACUUCGAGAUGGACGCCAGUGCGCCGACGCCGGCGGGGUACUAUCGCGCGGGCGCGCAUGCGGAUUGGGAUUUCGUGACGUUGCUUUUUCAGCGGCCGGGGCAGAGCGGGUUGGAGAUAUGUCCGGGGAGGGAGGUGUGUACGGAGUUUGGGGUGGGGGAUACGUGGACGAAGGUUGAGCCUGCCGAGGGGGAGAUUGUGUGUAAUAUUGGCGAUCUCCUGAUGAGUUGGAGCGACGACCGGUUCAAAUCGACAUUUCACCGCGUAAAGACGCCGACGGACCCGGCUGUUGAUUACUACGGGCCGCGGUAUAGCAUGGCGUACUUCAACCAGCCCAAUACGGAUUGUAAGAUCCAAGGUCCGUUGAAGAAGUACCCGAUGGUGACCGGGUCAGAAUUCACGAAAGCGGCCAUGAAGCGCAACUAUGAAGCUCUGGAGGCUAAGAAGAAGGCGUUGGCUAAUGAAGGAGUACGGAGCGAGGGGGGUUUGGUUGCUGCUGCUUCGUAACGCCGAUUUAGUUAUUGGUUAUGUUUGUAUCAGAUGUUAUUUAGUGGUGUUGGAUAAACGCCUCCAGUAUAUUCAAACAUGUUAUACUUACCUACAUAUAUACACC